AUGAGUCAUGUGUAUUACUUUGGUAAUGAGUCUUUCAAGCCAUUAGGAUAUAUAGAACUAGAGGACGGCGAUUUGUUCAUUACAAGAAUUCGGUUCUCUGAAGAGGAUAUGAAUGACUAGGAAUUCAUAGGAUUUGAUGACUCCUUCUAUAAAAGCAAAAAAUAUAAGUAUGACAGAAAAUUUUAGAAAGUAGAAUCAGGUUGCGAAGUAGUUUAUGUAUUGGAUGAAAGGGGCUAAAUAUGGACAUUUGGAUCUGGCUCUAAGGGUUAGUUAGGAUUAGAUAAGAGCAUUCAUAAAAUAAAUAAGCCUAUGAACAUACACAAAUAUAGAAAUGCAAUUAAGGAUAAAGUUAAAUGUAUCACAUCAUGUCACAAUCAUACCUUAGCGCUUACUGAUACAAAUAAGAUAUAUGCAUGGGGAGAAUCAAUAAAUGGAAAACUGUUUGAUUUAGAUCAAAAUUUGAUUUUGAGGCCAACUUUGAUAAAUUAGAAUUAAUUUAAUUUUGGAGAAAAUAAUGAUUGUGAUAAUGUCGAUGGCCUUUACUAAAGUUAAGGCAAUUUAACUAAAUCCUCUUCUUCUUUACUUAAAAGAGAAAGCUCUUUAAGAGUAAUUAAUAGAAUUUCUUAAGACAAAGGUUCGGUAUCUUAGUUUAGUAUUAAUGCGAAAAAUAGCUUAAAAGAAAGAAGUCCUGGUAAAAAGAUAUUGCAAAAAAAUAUUUCUUAGAUAUCUCAGUAAUAGUAAUAGGAUACAAUAAAUACUCCUUUGAGCAUUGAUAGUUCGAAUUAAUUGCUAAAUAGCGAUUCAAAAAGAUUUUUGCCUAGCAUUUAGAAAAAUAAAUUAAAUUUAUAAGUAAUAAACAGAAAAACUAGUCAUUAUCAUGGUAACAGAAAGAGUAACUACGAAGCAGAAGAUUUACAAACAAAUAGAUCUGUAAAAGGAUCUCUUUUCUCUAACUAGAUUUAUUAAAAUUAAAUCUAAAAUAAAAACACAGAUCCUAUACUUCUUGCAGUAGGUUCAAUACACUCUCUCAUAUACAUAAAUGGAAAAUUGUAUUCUUGUGGUAAAAACUACAACGGUAUUUUGGGAAUUGGACAGUCUAAAAUAGAGUUUUCGAAAAUACCUUAGCAAAUAACAUUUCCAAAAAAAACAAUAAAAAUCGUUGGUAUAUCAGCUAACUUUUUCCAUAGUCUAGCAUGGGAUGAUAAUGGCAAUAUUUAUUCAUGGGGAGAAGGUUAGCAUGGAUAAUUAGGUCAUCCUAUUGAAAAGGGAUACUCUUUUAAUAAGCAAGAAUUCACUCCUAAAAGAAUUUAAACUUUACAAGGAAAAUUUGUAAUCCAAGCAUCAUGCGGUAUGAAAUAUUCUGCCGCUGUUACAAACGAAGGAGAACUUUAUGGAUGGGGAAAGGGAGAUUACAACUAAGUCGAGAGCUAAGAUGAUUAACAAAAUUCUUUGAUGGAAAGUUUAUAUCCAAAAAAACUAAUGCCAGAAGACAGCAAUUUUAUCCAUGUUAAGUUUAUCAAGGUGAGUUGUGGGGCGAGUCACAAUGCGACAAUCGACUAGUUUGGAAGGCUUUACACUUGGGGAAAUAGUUCAGAAUAUUGUUUAGGACACUUAAAAUAGUAAGACUUGAAAUUUCCUUAAUUAGUUCGAAUUCUUAAAGAUAAAGUUACAAUUGAUGUCUCUUGUGGGGAUAAAUUCACAGUCGUUAUUUAAGAAGAAGACCUCUCUGGUAGAAAAGCUAACAUAGUAGAUUAAUUUAAGCAGAGGAAUAUCAACAACAUUCGCCAAAAGAUAAAAAGCUUAUACGAUUAUAGUAAACUAAAAAUGAAUGUUGGAGGAGAUGUUGAGGAAAAAGAUAAUGAAAAAUAAACUAUUGAAACCAAGUAAGAUGAGAGUGUGAUAGAUUAGAAUGUUUCUGGAUUAAAUAUUUCACUUUCUUAUAUAUCUCCUGAAUCUCCCAUCUCUUAAAGGAUAGAUAAAGAUUCUCCAAAAAAAUCAAAACGAGGUUUAAAGCUGAAUUUAAAGCAUGUUAAUGACUUAAAAUAACCAACAGGUCAUUUACCUCAUUUGUCUAAUUAAAGCUCUAUGUAAUUCAAUUAUAUGACAAAUGCUAACUCAAAUAACCACACCCAUAGAAAUGAAUUUGAAAUUGAUUUAGAGGAGCUAAUUGAUAAAAGAAAUGGCAGUGGAGAUUUCGAUAUUUAAGACUCCAAGGAUUCUUAAAAUCAAUUGCUUAAAAAUAUCAAAAGUGCUCUAGAAAAGGAUUUUUCAAAUAGUAAAACUUUCAGAGCCAUUUAAGAAAAUCUUCAAAUCAAGAACCUAAAGGAAUUUCUUAAAAAACAAAAUAAAAAUAUCAAAGACAGUAACUUAAAAGUAACUCAUAGAAAUAACAGUGAACAAAUCCAAAUUGUAUUUGAUGAAUGCUCUGAGACACUAGAUCAAAAAGAAUAGAAUGACCCUUUAUAUUUACCUUUUAUUUCUCCAUAUACUAACUCCAGCGACCAAACUGCUGCUUACUUUGAUUUAAAUGAAGAUGGACACGUAAAAUAAAUAGCUGAGAAUAAGUAAGAGCAGAUUCUUUCCUAACACUCAGCAAUUUCUCAAUUUUUAGGAAAUUUACUUGAGACUAAGAAUGAAACACUGAAAUAUGAAUACAUCGAGAUGGUAAGAAGAGGUUUAGAAGAUAGCCAUCUGUUUUAUUUGAUUUCUGAUCCUAAAGAAGGAAUUGUUUAAAAUAAUAGAGAAAGAGAGAAAUUAAAAUAGCACCUAAAUAAAAAAAUAAUAAACUAUUCUCAAAUGAAUGUUUAAGUAAUAGGUGAAACUAAAAAAAUUGUGGAGGCAUAGAAAAAAUACAUGAGCAAUUUAAUAAAUAAUUGCAGAAAAGCUUAAGAAAAAGCAAAAUAAGUAGUUGGAAAAUUCAAUAAGCACUCUGGAGUUGAUCCUACUUUAUUAAAACCAAAUAAAAGGUAUGCGCCUUUACUAAAUGCAAUGAGCUCUCCAGAUGAAUAUAAAAAGUAUCAAAAUGAUAAAUUAAAGCAAGAAAAAGAUAAAAAGAACGAAAGAAUCCAAUAAGCAGAAGAAAGAAGAGAAGAAAUAUUCUUAUAAAAGAGGAAUGCAAUGAUUAAAAAAAUAGAAGAAAAAUCAAUACAUUACAACAGAGAAUAAGUAAUGCUUAAAGAAAUCAUUCAAAGAGAUUUGGUGAAAAAGAAAUUAGUCAUUAAAUAUUUACAAACAGAAUAAAUGCUUCAAUUUUUUAAUGGAAUUGCUAGAAUUUGCAUGCAGAAAAAGAAAUAAAACAUGAUAGAAUAAUAAAAAGCAAGAAUUAUAUAAACUAAUUACAAAAAACACAAAACAUUAGCUAAAAUAAAACUACUAAGUGCCAUUCAAGUGGCUCUAAUAAAAGCUUAUCUAAAAAGAAGAAUCCUCAAAAAUGCAGCUAGAAAUAUUUUUCUUCACUUUACACAAUAAAAAUAUAAAAAACUAAUAUCUUCUAAGAUAAGAUAGACAAUUGAGAGUGGAAAAUGGAAAGUCAAAGCAAAAUUAGACAUAAAACCAAGUGCUCAUAAAUGA